CUCGUCCCGACAGUGUAAGAACAAGAGAAAACAAGGGAAAGGAAACCGAGUUGAGAUAUUCCAUUCCGUCUUGUUUUGAGUGAGAAAAGAGAGAGAAGAUGGCAUCAGGACAACAGAAGAAGCAGGAGCUUGAUGCAAGGGCAAGGCAAGGAGAGACUGUGGUCCCUGGUGGGACCGGUGGAAAGAGCCUCGAAGCUCAGGAACAUCUUGCUGAAGGAAGGAGCCGAGGAGGGCAGACAAGGAGGGAUCAGCUGGGGACAGAAGGGUAUCAGGAAAUGGGGCGAAAGGGUGGGCUAAGCACCACGGACCAGCAGUCUGGUGGAGAAAGAGCUGCUGAGGGUGGUAUCAACAUGGAUGAGUCCAAGUUGAGAUCUUAAAGUGGUGAUGGUGGUGAUGAUGUUUGGUAGUAGUACUAGUAACAGUAGUAGUACUUGAUAAUAAAAGUGGGAAGCUGCAUGGUAGACGAUGGGCGAGAGAAUGUCAGUAGAUUUUGUUGGUUCCUUUGUAAGUGGGGUUGGUGUGUUGGUAAUCAGUACUGUUAGGAGAAGCAUGGUUUGGUAGGGUGUAUUUUGUGUUUUCUGUGCUGGUGUGUUUGGUUUGUAAUGUCGCACUUCUUUUAAAUGUUGCAUUAGUCGAA